AUGGAACCCAGCGCGACGAAGACCAGCAUCAUGAUCAAGGAAGCGAGUUCCGGUGCUGACGAGACCUCGGUGUCGGCAGUACCCACCCCAGGCUAUGGCUAUAUGGGUCAAGCCAGCUACGGGGCUAACCUCGUCCCAUGGAGCUUGCCCGACGCACCGUACACAGCUUCUUCGUUCUUUGAGGAACCACCCUGCGACUUCUUUUCCUUGUCGAGGACUCCAUUUACUCCAUUUGUGGGUGGAAAUUGGCACUUGUCCAACAAUCUCAGUCCCGAAACCUCUCUACCAACACCACUCAGCUCAGUAGGUUCCAGAGCGGGCGUAUGGAGGGGCGAACCCGGGGGCGAGUAUUGCGAGCAUGAGCUCUUCUCCCCAGUGAGCGAACUAGCCACCAUCGAUAUGGCAGAUUCUGUGACACACACCAAGAGGUCUUGGUCUGAGGAGUCGUCCACGUCGGCCAAGCAUCAGCCCAACGACAAGAUCAAGGCCACCAGUAGAUCAAAGGGUCGUGGCAAGCACAAUAUUCAGCUGCGUACUGCCUCCCGCAAGGCUCGAAAAGGAAGCUUGGCGCCAGCAACACCUCUAUCUCCAGCUGAAAGCGUUCACAAUCCCGGUUCAGCCAGUGAUGAUGAUGACCUCACCCCUGAAGAACGCCGUGCCAGACGCAACCAUAACCUUGUCGAGAAACAGUACCGCAACAGGUUGAACGCCCAGUUCGAACGCCUCUUGGCCGUCCUUCCUCUCGAGCAAUACAAGGGGGGUCACCUGGGUCAGGGAGAAAGCUGUGAUGGAUUCGCAACCGAUGAGAAGAGAAUGAGCAAGGCCGAGGUGUUGGAUUUGGCAACCAGACGUAUCAAGGCACUUGAGAUGGAGAAGGAGCGCUUGAACAGAGAAAGAAAAGAGCUGCUAAGGAACAUGGACAUCAUGGCUGGAGCCGUUGCUCAGGCAGCCAAUCAAGGACUGUGAUUGCAUUUUAUUGGAUUGGGUUUUGGUCAAAGGUAUCAGGUUUCGGUCUCCACACUGGCGCGAUGGGGAAAAGGGUCACGGUACAAGUUCAAAAUAUGGCAUGCUGUUACUAGACAGAUGGUGGGGAUCAAGGAUGGAAACUUGUUUGAAAAGCAUGGCGAGAAUUGUGGUUGAUAGCAUCGGCGUUUCUUUUUCCAACCAAAUUUACUGUAUUUGCACUUGUACUUCAUUCAUCUACGAGUUUGCUCCAACACAAUCAGGUUUUCAUGGUCCGGUA